GACUGCCCUGAAUCCUCAAAAAUCAGCUCCUGAGCCCGUUGAAUGAUUUCGGGCGUCCUGACAACGCCUUAUAGUGAGUUUUCCUUGCCGGUGUUGCAAAACCUUCGUUGGACUUCUUCGACUCGUUAUACUUCGCGACGACAUCAUACACAGUCGAUCUUGGGUACCCGAAAAAUCGAAUGAUUUCUGUCGCUGAGCGCCCAGCACGAACAUUUUCGAUAAUCGCGGCUCUUCGAUAUACUCCGCACUUGGUUUCAACAUUGCGACUGUUUCGAGGUUAUGAAUGUUUAGUACAUGCGUCAUGCCCGUAUCACGCUAGCGAUUGACGACUGCGUUUGCGUUUGCGCUUGCGAUUUGAUGUUUGUCAAUCACACUAGUGACCGCUGGGAGCAAGCGUUUGCAUUUCGUCGUUUCAAUGUAAUAGGUUUUGCAACAGAAGUGAAGAAAAAUGGAACAUAGAAAGAAGAAAAAAAUAUGUGCCAUUGUGAUGUUAAUGAUGUUAAAGUCACAGUAUGAGAAAAAGGUUCUUCCUAAAAAAAAAAAUGUGAGUUAGAUCCUGGAUAGCUAAAAGAGCACAACAAGGUUGUUUUCAUAACCUCUUUCUAGAAUUACAACUAGAAGAUCCAGAUAAGUAUCGCAGAUGUCUUCGUAUGUCUUCAGAUUUGUUUGAGGAUCUUGUGAAGAAAUUGGAGCCAUUAAUUAAAAGACAGGAUACUCAUCUCCGACAAAGUAUCUCCCCUGCAGAAAGACUUGCUGUAACAUUACGUCAUUUGGCAACAGGUGAAAGUCAAGAAUCACUAUCUUAUACUUUCCGUCUUGGACAAAGCACUAUAUCUGGGAUCAUAAAGGAUACUUGUCGUGCUCUCAUUUCUCUUUUGCAAGAAACACAUCUGAAAUUUCCUGACAGUGAAUUGGCUUGGAAAGUAAUUGUUCAUGAUUAUAUGGAAAGAUGGAAUUUUCCAAAUUGCUUGGGUGCCAUGGAUGGGAAACAUAUUCGGAUAGAUCCUCCACUUCAGUCUGGUUCCUCAUACUUCAAUUACAAGGAAACGUUCAGUAUCGUGCUUUUGGGGGUUGUGGAUGCUCAACUUCGAUUUAUAUUCGUCGAUGUAGGCACAAAUGGACGAAUAUCUGGCAGAGGAAUAUGGAAUAAAUGUGCUCUAAAACAUCAUUUGCAGAAAAACGACAUUAAUAUUCCUCCACCAAGUCCCCUACCAGGUACUGAGCAGGAUUUUCCUUAUGUAAUUAUAGGAGAUGAAGGUUUUUCUUUAUCAACAAAUGUGCUCAUAUCUUAUUCCAAGGAACAAUGUACAGGAAAAAAAAGAGAAGAAUUUAUAAUUACAGAUUAUCUAGAGCGAGACGAUGUGCGGAAAAUACAUUUGGAGUCAUGAUCAGAUUUAAUAUAUUCAGAUCUCCAAUGAGAUACAACCCAGAUGAUACUCGUUGUAUUGUAUUGGCGAUUUGUUGUCUUCAUAACAUGUUGAGAUCUCACAGUAUAGGCUGUAUAAUGUAUACUCCACCAGAAUAUCCCACACAGCACUGCAAUAUUGCAACAAUAUUGAAGCAAUAUUAUAAUAUCGUAGCAAUAUUACAAAAUCAGAAGAU